UGUUUGCUGCGUUCGCCUCCUCUGAUGGAGAACAGGCGAGGCUUUCAGGGACUCGCGCUUCUCUCGACUAUCAACCGGAAUGUCAGAGGCAUCGUUUUCGCCCCCUACUUUCGCUUGAACGCGGGCCUCGGAGCUGUCCCGUUUGUGUUUUGCUGUAGGAUGGAUCCGGACAGCGGUGCAGACACACAAAAAGCCGUAAGUUUGCAGUGGAAGAGUUUCAAACUGGUCCAGGACCCGGCCAUCAGACGGGUGGCACAGAAGAUCUACAGAUACGAUGGCGUACAUUUUAGCGUGCCUGACUCCGGAUUCCCACCUGUGGGUGAACUACGGGACCCAAGACCCCGCAGAUUAUGGUCCAGGUAUGCAGAGAUGGUCCUGCCAGUGCCAAAGUUUAAGCUGGACGAUUUCUAUGUGGGUCCGAUCCCCCUCAAGGAGGUAACCUUCGCCCGGCUCAAUGACAACAUCAAGGAGCCCUUCUUGGCCGAGAUGUGCGCCAAGUUUGGUGAGGUGGAGGAGAUGGAGAUCCUGUUUCACCCUAAGACCAGGAAGCACCUGGGCCUGGCUCGAGUGUUGUUCACCAGCACACGUGGUGCCAAGGACACGGUCAAGCAGCUGCACAACACCUCUGUCAUGGGCAACAUUAUCCAUGCGCAGCUGGACAUCAAAGGCCAGCAGAGGCAGAAGUAUUACGACCUGAUUGUGAAUGGUUCCUACACGCCUCAAACGGUCCCCUUGGGGGGCAAGGCCUUAGUUGAUUGCCUCACCCCGCAGACCCCCGCACAGCAACAGCCUGAUGUGUCUUCUGAAAUCCAGCGUCGGCUCUCCAGCGAGUUGGCAGUGUUGGCAGCGGGUGUCCAGCAAGCCCUCAAGUCUGGAAACAUCACUCCCGGUUCAGCGGACACCGGUUUUGGUGAGCAGCGCCUGGACACGCCCCCCUCUUCGUCCGUGACAGGCGGCUACACCUCGGGGUCCUCAGCGUCCUCUCAAAGCGGAACACCAUACAGCUCCAGAUCAGGGACGCCGUUCUCUCAGGAGUCUGGCUAUUCUGGAACCCGGCACAGCGGCUACAACGCGGGGACUUUGGGAAGCGGUUACCCCCCUCAGGACAUGCUUCCUUCCUCCUCCUCCUCCUCUGCGGUGUCGUCCACGGUAGGCGGUGGAUUCAAAGUGUCUCGCUACUCCGAGGACGUUCACGAACCUUCGUUGUACCACCGAGGUCGGGCUGGGUACCACCCGGCCACCUCGUACCGUCCUAACGAACCGCCCGGCUACCCGCCAUACCCCAACGCGGGAGGAGCUGGGUCCCACAUGGCACACCACUCCGCCAUGCCUCCGCCGCAUGUCGGGUCCCAGUAUGAACAGCCUCUCAUGACUGAGCGAGAGCGGGACAGAGACUCGGGGCGCUACGGGGCGGUGAGCAGCGCCUCCAGGCGGGCGUCUUACCAUCACCAGCAAGACGCCAACUCCUCCUCCUCCUCAAAGUACCAUUCUCAUCACUCACACCACCACUCGGACCGCCGGGACGAGCGGGGAUACAGACGGGACAGCGUGGGCUCGCGUGAGCACGGACACCAGCGACACCGCAACCACCACCACCACCACCACCACUCGCACAACCACCAUGGCAGUCGCAGGAAGAGCAGCCAUGACCGCGACAAGGAUCGAGACCGGGACAGGGACAGAGAGCGGGACGUUGACCACUCGAGCAACUCGGACCCCAGAUACAAUUCCAACUCGCAUCGCUCUUCCUCGAACAGCAUGUCCCCUCCGCCUUCAUCCUACUCCGCAUAUUCAGCUUCCAAAGAUCCCGCUCCAGUCCCUCCUCAGGGAUUGGAUGCAUCCGCUCGUCUAGGGGGAAUGAGCCUCCCCGAGAGGGCACCUGCACCCUUGGCAGGUGCACUUCCGCCGCCUCCUCCCCCACCACCGCCGCCACUUCCACCAGCAUCCGUCAUCGCCGCCGCUGUGGCCGAGACGCUGGGAGCGCUUGAUUUCAACCAGGAUAGUCCCAAACGAGAGGAGCAGUGGACCAAGCCCAAACGCCGUCCCAGCACGCCACCAAUCCCACCGAAGACACCUCCACCUGUGUCCCCUUCCCAUUCCUCCAGUGCCUCCUCUUCCACUCCUCCUUCCUCCACUCCCCUACCCCAGCACCCUGUCGCCUCCGGUAGCUUGCCACCAGGUCGCCGGCGUGGUUCUGCCUCCCCGGAGCCGGACUCCACCAAUGAAAGCUUACCGUUUGCCCACCACAGCAGCAGCCUGGACUCCCGCAUUGAGAUGCUCCUCAAAGAGCAGAAAGCCAAGUUCUCCUUCCUUGCCUCCGAUGAGGAAGAUGAGGAGGAUAAGCUGAGGGGUUCACGCUCGGAAGGCGGGACAAAAAGAGGGCGAGCGGGCAACGUUGCGGGCGAGAACACGGGUGUCAACCAAGCAGUCAACAGCGGGGACAAGGAGAGGGGCAAAGGGGACCGUGACCGAGACAGUCUCAGGAAACGAGGGAAAGGAACAGACAGUCGUAAAAGCCCCGCUGAGCCACUGUCCUCCACGCCAGCUUCUUCCACGUACUCUCCUCACGUGCCUGCCCCAGAUGAACCGUUGGCCCCGGCCGGCCCAGCGGAGACUGACGCCGUUCCAGAGGAGUCGACGCAGGACGUGAACAGUGACACACAAAACAGGACUGGAGCGCACACGCCACCUUACAACGGCCAGAGUCAGUCCUCCCCUCGUUCCUCUGGGGAAGACAUGGAAAUCUCAGACGAGGAGGAGGAGGGAGAAGUGACCAUUACGACGGUGACCACCCACCAGUCCUCUAUCACUUCUUGCUCCUCGCCAUCGUCCUCCCAGGCGGCAAAAACAUCCCAGGCGGCGGCAGACCGCUCAUCGUCAUCGCCACCACCCAUCUCUGAGUCAACACAGCACUUUGGCACCUCGCUGCACCCGCCCAUCCCCUCUUACCCUCCUCACCUGCCGCCCCCACCGCCACCGGGCUACUCCCUGCAGCCACCUCCACCUCCCGGGGUCCCGCCGCCCCCUCACAUGGAGCUUCACCCGGAGUAUCCUCUGCCCCCCCACAUGUAUGACUAUGCCACCUCAAUGGAACUGAUGAACCAAUACACUGGUGGGGCACCCAUGUCCUUCCAGAUGCAGACGCACAUGCUCAGUCGCCUGCACCAGCUGCGCAUGUCGUCUUCUAACGGCACGGCGGGCGAGGCCGCCACGGGGGACUACUCUUCAUACCACCUGCACUCGCUGCCACCCCCGCACGCCUCUUUCAUGGACCAAGAGGGGAGCGGGGCGACUGCACACUAUGAGCAGGAUCACCGCUACAUGCCGCCCCACAUGCUUCCCUACCCUUACACUGACCCGCAUAGCACCCAGAUAGCGCCUCCAUCGCAUCUCCCGCCUCCGCACCCAGCAUGGCCCCCACACAUCUCAGCUGCACACUACCCCUCCUACAUGCCACCGCCCGCCUAUGGCACCAUGCCCCCCGGCGAGGACGGUGAGUAUCAGAGCCCCACCGAGGAGAUACCCGUCCUGCCUGAGAACCCUCAUGAAGCCACCGUGCAGAUGGCGCUGGCCACCCUCAUCCAGGAGAUGAAGAGCAUCAUGCAGAGAGACCUGAACCGCAAGAUGGUGGAGAACAUCGCCUUUGCCACCUUUGAUGAGUGGUGGGACAGGAAGGAGACUAAGGCUAAGCCGUUCCAGACGAUGUCGGCCAUGCGCGAUGACGAGAAAAAGGAGGAGAAACUGAAUCGUCCUCGCGAGCCCCUCAUGUCUCUGGUGGACUGGGCCAAAAGUGGUGGCGUGGAGGGCUUCUCCUUGCGUGGAGCACUCAGGCUACCUUCUUUCAAGGUGAAGAGGAAAGAGCCUCAAGAGCUCACGGAAGCAGACAUGAAAAGACCUCGGCCAUCGACGCCGCCCGAUGAGGAUGACGAUGGUGUUGACGGGAGAAUGCCUGAUGUUGGUCGAGAAGGACGAGACAACAAGAGAAGGAAAAAGAAGCCCAGGAGUCGAAAACCUUGGGAAUUGGACAGCGAGGGAGAGGAGACGUCUGAUGGCUCGUCUUCUGAAAAGGAUGAUGGUGAAGUAGAGGCGAGUGACAAGUCUGAUGAUGAUGCCCUUAGCGCCGACAGCGACGACGAGAGUCUCUCCUCUUCCUCAGAGGGCUCUUCCUCUGAUGCGUCUUCAUCCUCCUCCUCUUCCGAGGAGGAAGGGGAGAUGCCUGACAGCGAUGACCCGGACACCAUGGAUGACUCCACUAUGGACAGUACGGUGGAAAAAGACGGCAGAGGGAAGAUAUUUACAAAGGCAGAGCUCAAAAUUGGUGAAGCCAAAGACAGCAAACCGGGACCCCCCUCCAUACGGCCCCCGUCCCCGCCGUACCCUCGUCCUCCAUCCCCCGUGGUCCUGGUGCCCCCUUUCAAGAAGCGCCGAAAGACUGUCUCCUUCUCCACCGAGGAGAACGAAAGCAAAGAUCUGUCAUCAACUUUGCCGCCACCUGUGUCUUUGCCUCCCCAGCAAAUGCCAGGUGAUGCACCCCCCCUGUCACCCGCCAAACCGUUGGAUACAUGUGUCGCGACUGGACCGCGUCCCGCCCACGGUAUCCAGCUCCUCCCCUUCGCGUCCAAACCGGGUGAAGCUAACGCUCUCAUCGUGCCACCAUGUGGACGGACUCCAGAUUCUGAUGAGUCUAAAAGGAUUGCCUCGCCCAAAAUGCCCGGAAAACGGGCCGCGGGCAAAGACUCCCCCAAAUCCUCUGCCCCCCCUGUCAUGGUGUGUCGUACUGUGCAGAACCUCCCACUGGACCAUGCCUCCAUGUGCAGGAUGGCCUUCGAGGAGGUGCCCCCUACAUCUCCCCUCAGCAAGCGAUCGCGUGGAAAGUCCCGGACUGCCAUCAUUCCGACUUCCCUCCACGAAGAAGACGAGGAUGAUGACAAGGAGCAGAGGAUGAGGCUGCGAGAGCAGCUGGGAGCCUCAAGCCUGCUGCAGUUGGUCUCGACCUCCACCGCCGACUUGUCGGUGCUGGCCGAUGUGGCCCUGAAGAUGGAUCCCGAUGCCGGCGACUCGGAGGAGACGGAAACGUCAGAUGAGGCCGAGGAGCAGAAGAUGGAGGACGGCUUCUUCUCCGAGGAGGCUCUGCUGCGAGUCAUGAGCUCGGAAAGCAUGGUGGUCUUCUUGGAGCACAACUACUGCAGACCGCCAGUCCUCGCCGCACCACCUGCCUCCAGGAAGACUUCCAAGCAGGAGUCCUCCCUCCUUCUCCCGGCCGACCUCAGCGCCAUUUCUGGGGUGCUGGAGGCGCCCGAGGAGGUCAUCGGCGAAGCCUUUCCUUCGAGAGGAGAUCCCGGCGAGUAUUUGGGAUUGCUGUCUGAAGAGUCGAGCCAGGCUAGUCCGUCGACCAAGAGGUUACAGGCGACCAAAGCGCUGGAGCUAGAGAAGAACAAAAAGAUGAGAAGUAAAAACAAAGAUCAUCUGGAGGUUCUUGCAAAACAACCGAAGGAGACGCCAGCCAUGAAACAAAAGAAACGCAAACGAGAGGACUCUGAUGCAGAAGAGGACGUGGACGUCGAGGAGCUGGAGUCCGGCGAACUGACCAGCACCGAUUCAGAGGGCGAGUCUGCUGCGGCGGCAGACGACGUGAGGAAGAGCGAACGCCUCUUCCUGCAGAACUUUAUGUCUGCCAAACCUGCGCCGCGCCCCGAGCCUCCUCCGAUCAAGUACGACAACCGCAGCGAAUUCGAGCAGAUGACCAUCCUAUACGACAUCUGGAACUCGGGCCUGGACGGGGAGGACCUGAUGCUGCUGAAGACCACGUACGAGAAGCUGCUGCAGGAUGAUCACAACUCCGAGUGGCUUAACGACACCCACUGGGUGCAGCACACUGAUAUCCUAUUGCCAAACCCUCGACGGAAGAAGAGGAACACAGACGGGCAGUUGCGCGAGCAUGUGACGGGUUGUGCCAGGAGUGAAGGUUACUAUGCCAUCAGCCGCAAGGAGAAGGAUGUCUACCUGGACUUGGACCUGCCCGAACAGGUCAUACGGGAGGUGGAGAACGUCGACAGCUCGGGCACCAACCGCGUGCUGUCGGAGCGACGCUCUGAGCAGCGGCGCCUUCUCACCGUCAUCGGCACACCAGCCGUUAUGGACUCUGACCUACUGAAACUCAACCAGCUCAAGUUCCGCAAGAAGAAGCUUCGAUUCGGACGUAGCAGGAUCCAUGAGUGGGGUCUGUUCGCCAUGGAGGCCAUCGCUGCCGACGAGAUGGUCAUCGAGUAUGUGGGUCAGAACAUCCGACAGAUGGUGGCGGACAAUCGCGAAAAGCGCUACGCCCAGCAGGGCAUCGGCAGCAGCUACUUGUUCCGAGUGGACCACGACACCAUCAUCGACGCCACCAAGUGCGGAAACCUGGCACGCUUCAUCAACCACUGCUGCACUCCCAACUGCUACGCCAAGGUGAUCACCAUUGAGUCCCAGAAGAAGAUCGUCAUCUACUCCAAGCAGCCCAUCGCUGUCAACGAGGAGAUCACGUACGACUACAAGUUCCCGCUGGAGGAAAACAAGAUCCCGUGCCUGUGCGGCACGGAGAACUGUCGCGGCACGCUCAACUAGCGCUCCCGUCGCCAUCCCAACCGCCUGAAAAACCACGCCUCGCACUUUUGGUGGCCAUUUUGUCCUCAACACCCACCCCGGCCCCUCCCCUCCUGUCACUCUUACGCGAGUGGCGAGGGCAGUCGGGACCUUGGUUUGGAAGGUCCACUCAGAUUCACGCACAAGGAAGUCGACACAAAUUCAGGGUUUUAAAAAUUUUAAUCCCGACAUGUUCCGCUUAUGUUAUACAAGCUUUCUCCUUGUUAUGGGAUUGUUUUUGUUCAGAUUAUACAAUAUUACUGUUAUGGCAUAGUGUUUCAAGCGUCCCUGUUAUCCGGAUCCUUAAGUUAUCUGGCAUUUACAAACCAAAACAGAAUCUCCUCGCCAAGUUAGGGUGUUUUUUUUUUGUUGUUUUUUGAGCUGAUUCCAGGUCGUCAUUUCCUUAUUUUGAAUUUCUGCCACCAAAUUCCCGCAGGUUUUAUUGUCGGCGUGUUUUUGCACAAGUGUUUUUUAACAGGCACUUUUUUGUUUUGCAUUGGGUUAUAAAAACAAAACGAAAAAGGGGGUUACCUAGAGGUUAUUUUUUACUGAGGGGACAUUUCCACAAAAAAAGAUCGAACUGUCCAAAGUUUAUCUGUUGAGUAGUAAAAAGACUAGCGCAAAAAGUCUUUUUUCUGCUUCACGGGAUGAAGUGAUGAAAAAAAAGAACAUGGAUGUAAAUACAAGUGUUUGUUUCUCGUAGAAACACACUUAGCUGUAAAUAGACCCUCCUCCGUCUCUUUCACUCCCUCCCGUUCUCUCCAUGCCAGGACACAUGUACAUACCUUCAACUCGUUUAUUUUGUAUGGUUCUUCCUUGUUUUAAUAUUAUUUGCAAUCUUGUAUUAAUGCGUUGGACCCUUUAUUAAUGGUGCAUUAAAAUAUUUUUUAAAGAAAAA